AUGAAGGUACUCGCCAUAGGAGCCUCCAGGAACAUCGGCUAUUACGCAGCCAUCCGUCUCCUGGAUGAAGGCGCCUCCAUCACAUUCCUGCUCAGGUCACCGUCGGUGUUCGACAACGACGAGAAAAUCAAAACCUAUGUCACAUCGGGCAGAGCCAGACUCGUCAAAGGUGAUGCCUUGAACAAAGAAGACCUGCUGCGUGCAUGGCAAAUUGCCGGGCAGAGCGAGAAUGAGGGAGUAGUGGGUUUGCUCCUAUUCACAGUUGGCGGAAAACCCUCCUUCUCGAUUACCAAGGGAGCCAUCAUCACGCCUGCCGACCUCUGCACUCAAUCACUCCUCAACGCACUCACCACUAUCCCUGCUUCUAAUAAACCCAAGAUAAUAGUGAUCACUUCAAAUGGUCUGGACAAAGCUUCGCACAAAGCAUUGCCGUUGCCCAUGAGGCUCCUAUACGAAUAUCUUCUGGGAGGACCACAUGAAGAUAAAUUAGGGGCCGAGAGGGUCCUAGCACACUGCACCGGAAAAGCUUGGAUAGAUCCCGAACCGAAGGCCCAUAUUCUGCCAGCAGGUUGGCUUACAACGCCUGGACUGCCCUCCGGCGGAGAAUUGAAAGAGGAUGUGGUAGUGGUGCGGCCCGCAAUGUUAACGGAUGGAUCUUGUCGAGCAGAGGCAGGGAAAACAUACAGAACCUCUGACACCAUCAUCCUGGGUGCUUAUACGGUUUCCCGCCGAGACGUUGCACAUUUCAUAGUGGAAGGCAUUAUCAAAAACUGGGAUACAUGGAAGGGCAAAAUAGCAUCUAUUGUUUAUUGA